UCACAACUUAGCUUGAAACCGUACCUUACUAAAUCUUCAAAGAGACCUAUUCACAACAUUGAGUUAACUGGACCUUUUCCUAAGCCUAAGGACUAUGACACUUUAAAAGGCUACAAAAUACCAACUUCUACCUCUGAUGGAGCAGAACAUUUAACAGAAUUUGUGAAAUAUAUUGCAUCAAAAGUUAAUGUCAAGAAUAGAUACACACCAGAGCAGCUGAAGGAACAUACUGAAUAUGUUGAGAGGUUUGUGAAAGAAUUCUGUAUAAAUUUUGGAAGGCACAUUCCAAAGUGUUUUUUCAAGAAGAAAGGAAAACCUAAUCCAGUACUUGAAUCUAACAAUAUCAUCAGAAGAGGGAGUUCAUAUGAAGGCACUAAGAUUAUAUCACCGAGUGAAUACGAUUUCAUUCCAAUCUUUGCAUGGUCAGGUGAUGCAGUAGUCAAUGUGGAGGAGGUGGGGGAAAUGUGUGAUGUGGCAGGACAGGGAUAUGGUUUCAUCAAUAUACAACAUGGUGAACUGCACAAGUUGUUUCCACAAUUUGUACUUGUAGAGAAUCAACCUGGUAUGAGUGGAUCAAACAGAUCAUCUCAGAAAUCAUCACCUCAUGGGACUAUUCCCGAGAGUCAACCUGGUUCAAGUAAACUGAAAACAGUCUUUCUAUCAACAUUGCAUUCGGCCAUUGAAUCCUACCUGAGUGACAGUGACAAGUAUGAGUACAUUGGUGAAAAAGAUCAUGAUGAGGAUCCAGAGUCUCCAUAUCCACUGGGAACCAUCAGUCUACAUAAGUGUAGACAUGGUACCAGUGUAUGGUUACGAAUUGGUGCCCCCAUCUGCACAACAGACAUAGAUCUCUCAUUUGCAGUGGAGAAUAUGAGUGAUACCCAGGGAAGGUGUGUUAUGGUGGGUGAGUGGAAUGUGGACUGUGACAAGUGUAAUAAAAGAGAUACUCACUGGACUGAGUCACUUAUACAUGCAGGACUCCAGGAUGAUACAAAUACACACACAUUAUCAACAAAUCACCAUUAUUUAUUCCUGACAUUAAAAUAUAUCAAACAUUUGAUUGAAACAAAUCUCAAAAUAAAAACAUAUUCUUCUUCAUAUUCAUACAAAAUGCUGCUUCACCAUCACCAAAGAGGUUGUCAGAAUGAGAAUGUUGGACAGUGCUUUGAGGACAUAGUGAACCAGUUCUUCACACAUAAGAAACAAUGUAUUGAUGAGAUUGAAACCAAUAUAUACAAUUAUAAUGACCUGAAUGAAGUACCAGACAUAAAUUACCCUAAGAGGAUGAUACAACUUAAAAUCCACUCUUCUGAAUGUGCUGUCCUACUGUGGAUCAUGCAGCAUGUGAAGCACACCACUGACACAUCCUGGUGGGACAUGUUGCUGCAGGAAGACCUCAAACCAGAUGAUAUCAAAGAGGAUGAUAUGCUUUAUUCCUUGCUGGACAUAGUACAACAGAUAGAUAAAUUCAAGAGGAAUAAAAAGCUCAAGAAAGGUUCAGUGCUUGAUCUACAGUGGCUGCAUAAGGACAACACCAAGA